AUGCUCAACAAGCUGUCUGGACAGCCGGAGAGCUACGAAAAAAAAUCGCUAUACAAGUUCGGAAGAACCCUCGGUGCUGGCACGUACGGUAUUGUUCGCGAGGCCGAUUCCAAUUCCGGAAAGGUCGCGAUCAAGAUCAUCUUGAAGAAAAAUGUCCGUGGAAAUGAGCGCAUGGUCUACGACGAGCUGGAGAUGUUGCAGGCGCUCAACCACCCCCACAUCGUGCACUUUGUCGACUGGUUCGAAUCAAAGGAUAAAUUCUACAUCGUCACGCAGCUGGCCACGGGUGGUGAGCUGUUCGAUCGCAUUUGCGAUUACGGCAAGUUCACGGAGAAGGAUGCGUCUCAGACGAUCCGACAGGUGCUGGAUGCCGUCAACUACCUGCACGACCGGAAUAUUGUCCAUCGAGACUUGAAGCCCGAAAACUUGCUCUAUCUUACUCGCGACCCCACCUCUCAGCUCGUCUUGGCCGACUUUGGCAUUGCCAAAAUGUUGGACAACCCCUCGGAAGUACUCACCAGUAUGGCUGGAUCGUUCGGCUACGCCGCGCCCGAAGUCAUGCUGAAACAGGGCCACGGAAAGGCCGUCGACAUGUGGUCCCUGGGUGUCAUCACGUACACCCUUCUUUGCGGUUACUCUCCUUUCCGAUCGGAGAGUCUGUCGGAUUUGAUCGAGGAAUGUAGCACGGGGCGCAUCAUUUUCCACGAGCGCUACUGGCGCGACGUGUCCAAGGAUGCCAAGGACUUCAUCCUCACCAUGCUGCAACCGGAUCCCUCCAAGCGAGUCACCUCGCAGGAGGCCCUGAAGCACCCCUGGCUGACCGGCGAGUCUGCCAGCGACCGCGAUCUGUUGCCCGAGAUCCGCGCCUACAUCGCGCGCUCCCGUCUCAAGCGCGGUAUCGAAAUCAUCAAACUGGCCAACCGCAUCGAAGCACUCAAGAUGCAGGAAGAGGACGAGGAAGACAUCCCCAGCGUUACCGAUAUGGCCGAUUCUGCCGAAACUGGGGACAAGCCUGGCGCCCCUGCGGAGUCGGCUGGCAGUGGGCAGUCGGGCCCUGAAGGUGAGGCCGGUCACACUAAGAAGCAUAGCCUAGGCAAGAUCGCGCGUGGAGCCAUUUUCCGCGAGGUGGUCCUUGCCAAGGUGCGCGAGGCCAAGGAGACCGAGGAGCGGGAGAAGAUCGAACGGGAAGCACGAGAGCGAGGGACGCAUGCUUAA